CGCUCCGAACCGUCGACGUCUCUGGAUAGUUCCUGGAAAUCGCGGAAGGGCAUCCGAGAGAUGCAUUACGUGUGACCGACCGUUCUAUACAGGAAGCGCGUCGUAAUUUUUUUCAAAAACGCCGGGUAAAUCGGUUUCGUUUGGAAAAAUAGAAUAUCAGUGCGGGAAAUUCGUUUUUUAUUGUUAUCGUGCUGGAAUUGAGUGAUGGUUGGAUGAGCGUGUGGUCCAAAAUGAGGAAAAUGGGGUUUUCGGACUCCCUGGGAAGUCCCCCCUUGGACCCGGCGGGCCUGCUCUAAGCCAUGCACUCGAUAUCCAGCACCCAAUCGACGUUCGAUAAUAACAAUGAUAUCAAAAAAUCAAUCGAAAAAAUGAGCGACUCGAGCAAGUCCAGCUACCAGGCCAUCAAGUCGACGGAGUCGCUUCAUUCCACCAAAAAAUCAAAAAAGAAGACUGGCGUUCACUUGAACAAUCUCUGGUCGAUAUGGUACGGGGUGUUCUUUACCGGCAUGCAGGGUUAUACGGCCUACAAGUGCCUCAAAAGGAUAUUAGGUUAUUCUCUUCUGCCGUGGCCGGAAGGGUUGCCGUAUUUGGAAUUAAAUUGUAGUCUUGGAUUAACAGGAGCCGCCUUACUUUUGUUGCCCGUUUUUCUUUGUGUGGCGAUUCUUAAGAUCGGAAAUUUGGCCAACGACGGCUACAAAAUAGGGAGGCAAACGGGAACGUGCAGCAAGGAGCCCCCGGAUUUGCUCAAGAGCGGCAGUUGCGGGCUGUUCAGAUACGGGGGUCCGACGGCGCCCUUCAUCCACAUAGCCAUUUCGUUUUGUCUGCUCAUUCCGAAUCUGCUCAUGGAAGCUAAGCUCAUCGAAGAAGGAUUUUUAUCGCAGGAUAAAAUUUGGCACACAGACUUAGACUUUAUCGUGACGCAUCGCGACAGGGUCGUACUGAACUUCAAAACUUCGAAUACGACCAUCGUACACCCGACGCCGGCUUUUCAAAAAGGUCCACCUCUUCCAGCGCCCAUGGUGACCGCUCGACCGACAGCUAUGCCCUUCGUCAGCGGCCCCGUAGUAGCGCACACCGUUAUCAAGACUUUGAAGGACAUUAUUGGACACGAAAAUCACACGUUAUCUGAAAACAAAGAGAUUGAGACUGGAUUUACAAGCUCUGUAAAUAUAGAAUACAUAAACUUGGCCUUAGCUUUGGUCAUCUACUCGGUAAGGUAUCCGGCUCUUUUUUGGGCCACAAACAAGUGUCUGGGACUGAUAUUUUCCUUCCAACUACUCAUCAACGGUAUCCACAUACUGCUCAGCUUCGCCGGGAUGUCUAUCUUGUAUAAAGUACAUGUCGUGGGAGUAUGGAAAGCUUUACCUCUUCUAAAACACAACGCUAAGGUCUACAAUUUCGGAAACCCGACGCCAUUUUUACUCAAUUCGCAAGUCACGUUUGCGCUGUACAUCUUAUCAACGUUACUAGUUUUGGCUUCCAGUAUCGUACUAUACUUCUACGGACACACCAGAUUCAACGCCUUCCUGAACCAGCAACGCGAAAGCAAGAUAAUCACCCUGAAGGAGGAGGGCGGCGGCGGAAACGUAUGGGGCUACUUCACCCACUGCGCUGCCCUUUGUGUGCUGCUCUCCAUCGGAAUUUGUAAUGCGCCCCUCAUACACGAUUACACGGUCGUGUAUAGAGGUAGUUUGGACGACGUCACCCUCGUGUGCAUCAUCGGAGGUAUCAUGCACCUGUUUUUCUGGAUUGUCAUAUGGCUGUUCUUGACUAUCAAACAGAAAUGGAUUUUCAAGUUGAGAAUCACGAUUGGUCGAGCUACGGUCAAAGAAUCGCGCUCUCUGCGUCUAGUCCACGACGUCCACCUCAAUAAUCGACGAGAAGACACCACUCAACAGCCCCUUUUGGUAGUCGGCAACGGGAGGACGUACAGCGUGACCGAAACGUCGCCGAAACGAGCCAUCAUGGGCGUCAUACAGAAAGCGGCGCUCAUCAAGAAGUCCAAGAGCAACGGAUCCAUUACUACCAAUGAUGACUGCGAUGAACAGAUCUACUGGCUGAGACCAGCUUUGGCACCGUCUCAGAACUCGCCAGACGGUUCGAACUAUUUCUGCUGGUUUAAAAAGAAGCCCAAACAAAAAGUGACAUUUAAAGAGACCACCACCACUGUCGGGAAUCGGUAACGUGAUUUUCUAUACUCUAGAAUGAUGUGUGUUCCUUUUUGUGUGUUGUGUAUUUAAUUUAUCAAAUUUAGAUUACUUAUGUGUAUGUGUACAAAAAUCGUAAUUUUAUUUAAUUUUGCUGUAAUUUCACAAAUACGAUAAAAAAUUGCUCCUUUGAUGGAUUAGGCUUCCUAGAAACCAUUUUUUCCUUUUAUUAUCAUCUACUUUAACGUUUCUGGCUGUAUAUUGUCUCUAUCUUUUGUCUUCCCUAUUUGAAUAUAUUUAAUUCUUUUUUUAUGCCAUAUGUUUCUUUUAUAUGUCAAACUUCACUUUUCUUAUGUCAAACGUCACUCCCUUGAUGGAGUAGGCUUCUCAGAAACCAUUUUUCCUUUUAUUCCCAUCUACUUUAACGUUUCUUACUCUAUAUUGACUCUAUCUUUUGUUUUUCCUCUUUUAAUAUCUUUUAUUAUGCCAUAUGUUUAAUUUAUAUGUCAAACUUUACUUUUCUUAUGUCAAAAGUCACUCCCUUGAUGGAUUAGGCUUCCUAGAAACCAUUUUUUCAUUUUAUUCUCGUCUACUUUAACGUAUCUGGCUCUAUAUUGUCUCUAUCUCUUAUCUUUCCUGUUUGAAUAUCUUUAAUUCUGUUUUUUCUUAUGCCAUAUUUUUAUUUUAUAUGUCAAUCAUCACUUUUCUUAUGUCAAAUGUAACUUUUCAUAUGUCAAAAGUUAUUGUUCCUACAUCAUCAGUCACUGUUAAAAUAAAAUCUUAUUCUUUAUGUAUAUUAAUUUUCAAAAUUUACUUUUUUUGUAUUAACAAAAAAUAUUUAUAUAUAAAAAUUAUAUUUUCAUAAUUCAUAUGUCAAGUCAUUUUACAGCACCGAUUUUGUUUUUUUAAAGGCGAGUAUAUUAAAUUCAGUAAUUUUUCAUCGUAUUUUAUGAAACACUCUGUAUAGUGAUUUUGUUUUGUGAUUAUGCGCUUGUUUUUGUACAGUUAGUGGUAGUUUUAAUUUUUAUUCACCAAUGGCGUAUCUUAAUAUUUAUUUUAAAGAAAGAGAAGAUAUAGUACAGGAAAAUUUGUCAUAAAAAUGUUAAAAGUUUGAGAUACGUCACUUUGGAUUUUGAAAGUUUGCAAUAUUUUCGGUAAAUUUUAUCACAAUUACGAUUUGAAAUUUUCGAUGGUCUAGUCAAAAAUGUACUUUAAAAUUCUUCAUUAUUGUAUAAUAAUUAAAUUGUCUAUUUAUUUAUGUAAUUAUUUAUUUAUUUAUAUGUACCAACGAUAUUGCAGAUAUGGAUUUUUUGUAUGUUUCUUUUUGGCAUGUGCUUUUUAUCAAUUUGGAAAUGUUCUGUGUGAGUAUAGGUAAACAAAUGUUUUAUAAUUUAAUUAGUAGUUUUUUUUUUUAAUUAAAUAAAUAAUACAUAAUAUAAUAAAAAUAAUGAAAAUUAAAGAG